GAUGGGACAAGGAAGGAGAGAGUGAGUUGGGGGAGGGAGCGAGAGAGGAAAGAUCAGACCUCCCCUUUAACCUGUGGCAGCAGUAGCAGCAUUCUUGAUCCAUGACAGUGAAACAGCAAGUGGUGUCCAUAAGUCUGUGGGAUUCUUCUGAGAGGUUCACCAUACACAUACACAGUAAACCACCAGAUGUGAAGAGAUUAUUAUGAGGAAACCAUUAGAGAUUCUGGACCCUACGAGGAAUCGGGGAGUACAUUGUUCCUGUCAGGUUUAAGUAGAGUCGGAGUGUAACCAUGACCGGCACUCCAUAGACUUCGGACCACCGGACCCCCGAGCUGCCCGUCAACAAUGGAUCGCACAUUCCCCAGCAUCAAACUGGGGUCAGAUUGCACCCCUCUGGAGCGGAACAGCAAGCGCCACCGAUUGCAGCACGUCAGGAGGAAACUACGCCCUUCACGGAUUUUUGGUUUUAUCCUGAGCCUCUCUGCCCUCACAUUGUUCCUGUCCUGGAGUGCCUUUACCCUCACUUUGGGCCCGUUCCCGAGAUGGAUGCCACUCACCUCUUUCGCCAACCAUGAGGGACUUGCAGAGCCAGUGCCACACAGAACUGUCCUGUCUUCCAAAGAAGAGCAUAACGUUUCAGCGGAUACGCCCAUCGCCAUGGCCUCAACCGACGAACACAGCCAGGGCGACUACCCUGAGGAUCUGUUCACACUGGAGCAGAGGAGGCAGGGUGCUGUCUCGCUGCAUAUGUUCGGCAUGAUCUACAUGUUCGUCGCCCUCGCUAUCGUGUGCGACGAGUUCUUCGUUCCCGCCCUCACCGUGAUCACAGAAAAACUGGAGAUCUCGGACGACGUGGCGGGCGCCACCUUCAUGGCCGCUGGAGGGUCCGCACCCGAGCUCUUCACCUCUGUGAUCGGGGUGUUCGUCUCACACAGCAACGUGGGCAUCGGGACCAUUGUGGGUUCUGCUGUCUUCAACAUCUUGUUCGUGAUCGGGAUGUGCGCUCUGUUUUCACGUGAAAUUCUCAACCUCACUUGGUGGCCUCUGUUUAGAGAUGUCACCUUUUAUAUCAUUGGACUUAUUAUGCUGAUCGUCUUCUUCCUGGAUAACCACAUUACCUAUUUUGAGAGCAUUGCGCUGUUGGGCUGUUAUGCUUCCUAUGUCACAUUUAUGAAGUACAACGUGUCCGUAGAGACUUUGAUAAAGACUAAACUACUCAGGAAUCAAGUGGACGACAUUGAAGCUCCUAAGGUUAUGACUGAAGUAGUCGAUGAAGAAAAUAAACUUUCUGCUAAACCCCGCCUCCAGAGAGGAGGAAGCUCCGCCUCCCUCCACAACACUCUCAUGAGAAACAGCAUUUUCCAACUAAUGAUUCACACACUCGAUCCUCUCAGUGACGGUAAUGUGCCUCUCAGUGAUGGGAAGUUCAAGGAGAAGGCAUCAAUUCUACACAAGAUCGCAAGAAAAAAGGGAGAAGAUGAGGCAAAUGGUGUUGCCGAUAAGAACCUUCCCAACAGCAGUAACGUGGAGGUCGAAGUCACUCCGCCCAUGAAUGGCAGCAUUGGAGCAGAGCCUGAGGAGGAGGAAGAGGAUGAAGACCAGCCUCUGAGCUUGGCAUGGCCAGACACACCGAGAAAGCAAGCAACAUACCUCUUAAUCUUACCCAUCGUCUUUCCAUUGUGGCUGUCACUGCCAGAUGUCCGCAGAGAUACGUCAAAAAAGUUCUUCCCCUUUACCUUUUUGGGAUCUAUUUGUUGGAUUGCUGUUUUCUCCUACCUGAUGGUGUGGUGGGCUCAUCAGGUUGGCGAGACUAUUGGAAUAACAGAGGAGAUCAUGGGUCUAACUAUUCUAGCGGCUGGUACCUCCAUUCCUGAUCUCAUCACCAGUGUUAUCGUCGCCCGGAAAGGUCUCGGCGACAUGGCCGUCUCCAGCUCAGUCGGCUCCAACAUAUUUGACAUCACUGUGGGCCUGCCAUUUCCUUGGUUACUCUUUGCAAUCCUGAACGACAUGGCUCCAGUGACCGUGAGCAGCAACGGUCUGUUCUGCGCCAUCGUUCUGCUCUUCCUCAUGCUCCUCUUCGUCAUCAUCUCCAUCGCCGUGUGCAAGUGGAGGAUGAGCAAGCUGCUGGGUUUCCUGAUGUUCUUGCUGUACUUUGUGUUUCUGGUGGUCAGCGUGAUGCUGGAGGACAAGGUUAUCGUCUGCCCUGUCUCCAUCUGAUUCCUUUAUCACGCCCGCCGUUGUUCGUUUUCCAGGAACAGACCCUCCUUUAUUGCUCCGAAGGCACUCCGGGGCAUACGAGUUAUAACACUGAAGCUGGGCUGUGGCGCUGCAUCUAUAUAUCUACUGACGUCUGAGUAGCAGGGCUUUCCAAGCAGUAGUUUGUUAUGGGAAAGUAGUGCAAUAUUCUGCAUGCACUCUCAAAAGCAGUACAUAGUGACUUGAUGUACUGUAGAUUUUAGCCAUUUUUAAUAUGCUGCAGGAUGAGGCUGGACUUUAAGAGCGAGGAGACACCACAUCCAAUGGGGAGGCACACAUCUGUGGGAAAUGUCUACAGACUCAGGAAAGGACCUUUGGUGCAAAGAUGCAAUAGUAACUAAAUCACGAUCCUGGUACUGUGCUUUAAAGCUCAUGAUAUCAUAAGCCUUGUGUUGCACAAUAACUUGAGAAAGAAGGAAGAAACAAAGCUCUAUAGUUGCUUUGUCCGAACGCUGGUCCUUUCUGAUCGUUAUCUGAUUAUUUUCAUUCCGAGUAUAAUAUAUCAUAUAAUUUAUUGAAUAGACUUGUAGUCUUCAGAAGUCUAAAACUGCAAAUAAACAGUGUCAGACACAGAUUUGAAACGCUCUCACUAUUGAGUAUAAUCAACCGCAUUAAUGAUGCUACUUGUAAAUGUGAUAUUUUGUAUGCUUAUUCUCUGGGACUGAUGUUUAAUUUGAUGUGAUUUGUUUGGCGAAACCCAAUGGAUGGAUGAAUAGUGCAAGACAUUCUCUGCUUGUAGAGGAGAACCAGUUAUCACUCUCUUCUCACAGUCAGUUGCAGUUACAGGUCUUCUUCAUCAUCCUCUGUCUAGAACAUUGAGCAGGGUUCAUGAACUUUUAUUGACUCUACUGUUAUCAGAGCUGCCAGUCGGUGUCAAUGUAAGUAGAUUUGUACGCCGGACUCUGCAGAACUCUUUAAGUAUCUCUCAUUCCUGUCUGAUAAUUUUGGAUGAUGGGAUGAAAUUUGGAAGUGAAAGUACUAAAGAAAUGGAGCACCCAACAGCUUUGCAGUUCAUUCUUAGUUAAAUACCAAUGUAUCUAUCCAUUCAUAAUUUCUGUAUAUUUAAAUGAGUGGUGGACCAAAUAAAAUGAUUUCUAAACCUA